AUUCACUAUAGAGCAGAGAAGGGCGUGUGGGAAGUUCCGCACACCGUCAUAAGGAUUUUUACUGUUUUUUUUGUGUGUGUGAGGUGGAGAACUGCCGAAUACCUUAAUCAUCGCAAUGCCAAGUAAAGAAGAGAAGUGUGUUUUGUCGGCCAGCAAUAGUAAUACAACGCAAGACUUCCUUGCUAGAGACAUGGAGGAGCUUGUAUCAGAGAUAAAGGAGAACCUACGGUUAUCUGCAGGACUGAAAUCACGACCAGCUUUCUCGGUUCAUCACAAAUCCAGAGCAUCGCCAUAUAGAAUACCCAGCCGGAGUUGGGGCGAUUCAUCUUGUGAUGCGUGUUUAGGAUCGCCGAGUAACAACUGUAGUGGACAUUCGUGUGUCACUGUAAAUAAGAAAUUGUCAAAUAAAUCCUCAGAUUCAACGGCAGCAAGUGAUGAUCCGUACGAGAUGCUACAGGAGCUGCUGCGUGAUGGUAGCCUAAUUAAAGAGGCAGUUCGGCGUCUUCAGAGAGGACUUUCGCCUAAACAGAGGUACUUCUACGAUUCCGACGAAGAAACUCGUAGUCCACUACGAAUGUGCCAUUUGGAGUUGUGAAUAUCCCUCUAAGGCAAGAGGGAAGUUAUUGUUCCUUUGAAAUUCGCAGCCCUGUGGAGGUCUGUAAUGUACGUGAUGACGAUGGUCAACUUUUAAGGCAAAUGUUAAUAGUGUUGAGUGUGUUAACAUUAGUGGAAGUGUUCAGUGGAUUUGGCUGGCGAAGGCCCGCGACUACGGAGGAAGUUCUGUGUUCCGUUGCUGAAGCGGUGAGGGUGCAAGAGAAUGCGACCCGUUGCACAGAAAAAUUUAGCCCUAUUAGAUAAGAACGUUUAAUAUAAAUACCGUUGUUAUAUUUGUUCGUAUUGCCUAUAAAAAGUAAAAACAACUGGAUUACGCUUAAUUUCAGUGUGAUGUAUUUCAACAUUUUUUUUUAUGAAUGUACGCUUAUAAAUACUACUAUGAAUGGAAAUUUCGUUUAUUUCCUGUCGUAUGGUUACUGCUGGAUGAGCACGAUCAAUGUAAAAGGCAGCAAAUUCCGUGCAUGCAGUUAUGUAAUUAAACGUCUUGAAUGGUCUCUACAUUUUCUGAAUGUUAUAACAUGUAAAUCGUUGUAAACUUGUUUGGAAAUCGUUUACCCACUCUUCAGAAAACGUUUUUCCCUCUCGAAAGUUGGUGUUUCAGAACUUUAGUUCACAUGUAUUGUGUAGCACAUUCCUUUUGAAUAAUACUACGAUGUAAAUGUAUAAUGCAGGAAGACGCACUCUGUAAUAAGAUAUUUAUAACCCACUAAAUAUUGUUAAUUUUCCUCUGAUCUCAUGUUUGUCAAUGCAAUGAGCAGGUGUGAUGAAGCAAGGAAUGAUUCAUUAGUUUGUUCUGUUAUAUAUAAACACGUUGCUUAAUAGGUAUGACAGUGUUGAGAAUAAGCACGUGUAAGCAAGCAAAAUGGCGCAUGCAUACUGAUGGAAGAGAUGCUUUUAGAAAGUGCAAAUUUAGUUGCUGAAUAUUGAGGGUGGUUUUCUUAGUUUUUUCUUAUCGCGUAGGGAAAGGCAGUAUUCUUUGUAUCAUUUUUGUGUUGUAAAUGUAUGACUGAAAAGUACAGUGGCAAUCUCUCUUCUUAACAAGUGUAUACUAAUAAUGGAAGUUGUUAGCAGUUGAAAUUAAUUUGUAAAAGGGAGGAAUUAAUACUAUGUUAGGUUCACCAAAAAAUUUGAAGUAAUUGUGUGCAUAUCAAUGAUGGAAACAACCUACAACACAGUAAAUUAAACUGAUGUUUAUUAUUUAAAUAUGGUUCACACAAUUCAGGGAUUAGAUAUGGUACGUUUUUCACUUUGUGAAAAGAAAGCAUUGUUUUUACCUACAAAAAAAUAGUUGUUGCCGAAGGGCAAGUGACGUUUGUACAUAAGGAUUUGAUGAAUGAGUCCAUGCAUUUUUCUUUACUGUGCAUGUUUUAGUGCAUAGGAGUCAUCACUGUCCAUAAUGGUGCAGUUAGAAGUCAUUAAAGUAUUUAAAAAUAUUUAAA